AUGGAUAUCAAAUCGCCCUUUCCAGAUGUUCAGAUCCCAGAUGUCGAUCUGUGGACGUUUCUAUUCGAGCGUCAGGACCGGAAGUACUCCGAUCACAAAGUCCUCUUCACAGACGUCGACACCGGCCGGAACUACACGUUCAAAGACAUGCGCACUCUAGCCCUUAACUUCGGCCACUCUCUUCGCCAGCAAUGGAACUGGCAACCAGGUGAUGUCCUGGCCGUCUUUGCUUCGAAUUCCAUCGAUCUACCACCCAUUAUCUGGGGUGCAUUAGCCGUAGGAGGUGUUGUCUGUCCGAUCAACCCAAACUACAAGGUGGAUGAAUUGCUGCAUCCGCUAAGGGAUUCGCAGUCGAAAGCCAUCGUCACUGGCAAGGCACAGUUACCGACUGUUCUUCAGGCUGCCGAAAGAGCUGGAAUCAGUAAUGACAGAGUGAUCGUUGUUGAUGAAGCGGACAGAAUUGGAUUCUGGGAGAGUGACCCGGCAGUGAUAGGUGAUGUAUUCGACGGGCCAUUUACGCCGCCGAUUCGGGACCCUGCAAGUGAGCUGGCAUAUCUGGUUUAUUCUUCAGGGACGACUGGAUUACCCAAAGCGGUCAUGCUGUCGCAUCGUAAUAUGGUGGGCAGUCUUCUUCAGCUGGAGCCUGUCGAAGAUGGGCAGCUGGGCUUCACUCGAGGCUUAGCGGGAGAGGGCGACAGAGGGCUGGCUUUUCUUCCUUUCUUCCAUAUCUACGGAAUCACUUUCAUCCUCAACGACACCGUCCAUCUCGGUCUGUCAACAUUCAUCAUGCCCCGCUUCAGCCUGGAGAAGUUCUGCUCGACGGUCCAAAAACACCAGGUCACCUACGUCUGGACCGUUCCUCCCGUCGUCCUCGAGCUCGUCCAAAAUAACAAAACAAGCGAGUACGACCUCACUUCAAUCCGGAUGGCUAUCUCCGGUGCUGCCCCGCUGGCUGCUGAGUUGAUUCAUGCUCUAUACGACAAGUUGAAGAUUCCCAUUCGACAGGGCUAUGGGAUGACAGAAUGCUCUCCAUGUACUCAUAUGCAGACCUGGGACGAAGCCCGCACACACAUUGGCUCCGUCGGCCGUCUCCUCCCCAACAUGACAGCCAGAUUUACCCCGAUCGACGACGAGCAAGACGAAAGAUCAGGUGAACUCUGGGUCAAAGAGCCAAACGUGUUCCCUGGAUACUUGGGUAAUGCGAGCGCCAACGCGGACGCCUUCUCAGAAGACGGAUUCUACAAAACCGGUGAUGUGGGAUAUCAAGAUGAGAAUGGAUAUCUGUACAUCACCGACCGCGUCAAGGAGUUGAUCAAAUAUAACGGAUUUCAGGUUGCACCGGUUGAACUGGAAGGGAUCAUCAUCGCUCACCCGGCUGUCAGUGAUGUUGCGGUGGUUGGUCUGCCCAGUGGCCAGGAUGGAUCUGAAUUACCUCGUGCAUAUGUCGUUCCAGUAGGGAAAUGUGAGGAUGAAGCGAUGGCAGAGAGUAUCAUCAAUUAUGUAGCAGACAGGGCGGUCGGUUAUAAGAAGCUGAGAGGAGGCGUUUGUUUCGUCCAAGAUAUCCCGCGUAAUCCGACUGGGAAGAUUCUGCGACGCAAGUUGAAGCAGAUGUCUUGA